AUGGAGGACGAGAGGCAGGUGCUGGACGUGAGCGCUGAGCAGUGGCUGAGCGAGCUGAGCGCGCCGUCAUGCAGCGCAGCAACAAUGAGCGCGGUGCUGCAGCGCGCCCUCGUGGGGGCCUCGCGAGGCCACAUUUACCCUCAGCUGCACAUCCACGGCCUCAAGCUCACCCAGGCACCCGGCGUCAUGCACAAGAAAAUGGGUUACCUGUACCUGAGCGUAUGCGCGGGCCACAGCGAGCUCAGCCUCCUGACGACCAACGCGCUGCACAAAGACCUGCAGAGCCGCGACGCCAUCGCCCUGCUGGCCGCCAUCACCGCCCUGCCCUCCGUGAUGAGGGGGGGACUGCCCCCACAGCUGCUGCACGCCCUCUGCAACUGCCUGCAUCACCCCAUGAGUCUGGUGAGACGUCGGGCGUGUCAGGUGCUGUACGCGGGCCUCAGCGUGUGGGGGGCGCCUCGCCACGACGUCUCCGCGGCCUCACGACGCCCCAGCUCGCUGGGGGACCGCAGCUCCCCAUUGGGCACCGACUGCGGCAGCUGUCAUGACUCACAGGGUGAGAUCGGAUCGACUCUUUAACUAUGAAUUGAUUGAUUCA